CUUUUCCGGCCGUGCUGCCGUCCGGUAGGGACAAUCGUUUUUUCGCCGUUCGUUUCAUUUUAGUUUCGUUUGUGUUGGUUUCCUCUCGUAAUUUCAAGUCGUGAAGAGGAAAAUAUACGUAGAAGUCAGUCAACACCAAAGGACUUCCGUUCCCGUCACCACCGUCAUGCGGCCACUUUUGUCAAGGAGCCCGGUGGUGGUCGUUUUCACAUUGCUAUCAUGUUGGUUCCGCUCCGUGUCCUGUCUGGCUCCAACAAGUGCCACCACUUUGGUUUUAUUCCUCCCAUUGUUCUCCCGAUUAUCCGUUCCCGCCGCGCACGCCAAGCGGACUAGACUUCGAUUUCUUUUGAAUAAAGUGAAGACCCGAAGAACAAGAACCAAGGCCCCGCGAUCGUGCUGUUGUUGCAGCAAGGAGAAGAAACAGGCGGCGUUGGAACGGGCGGAAGAUGUGAUGCACAACUUUGAGAGCGACGCCCAGGUGGUCGCUAAUUUGAUUCACAACGCGAAAGGUUACCUCUCCGGCUUGACCCACUGGGCCGAUUUGUGGGAGCACGGCGACAUGGAUCCGGACAUGCUCUUCACCAACGACCGGGUGGCGCAGACGAAAAUCCGCGAAAUCAACUUCACCCUGACCAGCGCGAAGCGCUCGCUCCAGUGGCUGACGACUAAAUACGCACUAAACAACGCAAAAUACGACUGGAAGGCAAGCAAGUUCGGGGAAGAGGACUGGUCCCUGAUUCACGAGGAGCUCAUGCCGCGAGUGAAGGAAAAACAGCUCAUUGAAACGGAGGCGCGCAAAAAAGCGGAGGCCCAGUACGCCGAAGUGCCGGUGCCAUCCUGGGAAACGCGGGCCGCCUUCGAAAGCAAAUAGUACACGUGUGACAUCGAUUAUAUGUUGAUUUCGUCGCGAUUACAUCAAUGCAUGCUGUGUGAGUACAUCUUCCAUUGUCGCAAGGUACUUAAUCAGUCUCGAACACGUUCAAGUUUCAGUUUCUGCAAAAACACACAGCACUCCGAACCUGAAGGGGGAGCUAUUGACUCAGGCGCGCUUUCAGAGCCUGGAGCUGACGCAGCUCUUUUCUGAUUUCGACGAGGCGCAGCGGACUUGGGAAAUCGCAAAACUCGCCUCAGCCUGGCAGGACAAGCCGGUGACCGCAGGAGAAGAGGCUACCAAAGAGCUGGAGGAAAACGAUAGAUCACUGCGAAACAUCGUGUGUGGUGCAGGAAAGAACAAAUUCCUCGGAUCCGCCGGCCUUUGCGGCGAUGGUCACAAUGGAAAGGAACAAGAUAUACUCGGGAUAGAGUUUAUCGACACCAGACAGAAUGCCAGUGAUGAAGUCGUUUUUCCGCGCAGGGAGAGCACCAAUCACACGUCUACCGCCGCACUCGACGGGGGGGCUGUUCCCGUCGCCGGCCCUUUGAUGUCUGCUGUGGGUCCGGAGAUGAUCGGGCGAAGUCUUCGUUCCGGUAUCAGCAGCCACAACCGGCAGGACCGGUUUCCGACGAUCAGCGAACAGGACGAGAUCAUGGUGGACAAGGUGUUUCAAUCCACCAAAUUGCGGCAAACCAGCGACUUUAACGCGGACUUUCGCAAGGAUGCGCUCGAGACCAAGCAGGUGUUGCAGCUGCAGGCGGCCGCGAUUCACGCGGCAAAGGACGAAAUGCGGCAGAUGAUCCUGCAGUGCAACGCGGAGCAGACCAAAUCACUGGUGAAACUGCUCCUCCAGCAACACGCGCAGCAGAUGGAAGCGCUCCGCAAGUCGAAGCUGGAGGCCGAUCAGGCGCGCGCCAAGGAGUCGCAGCUCUUCGAGCGCCUGCAGGAAAGUCUUCGGGCGAUCGACGUCAAACUGGCACAGAUCGACGGGAAAGUGGCUCUGGUGGCGGAGAGCGUCGACGCCGUCAGCGGGAAGGUGGACCAGGUGCAAAUCAAGUUGGAGGAAAUGGACGCAAAAUUGCUGAACAUGAGCAACCAACUGGAAAAGCUCUCCUGGCUGCAGCGCAUGCACAACCGCUGUGGCACCGCCAUGUUCGUGGCUAUUCUGGUUCUUGGCGUCCUUGUGCUGCUGUAGCAAGGGGGUACUUCCGUCUGCGACGGCCGGCUUUCCAGCAGCCGGGGGGUUUCGACGUAUGAUGGUGCACGACCCAGUUCUCGAGCUCUAUUUUCGUUUGCGAAAUGAAAUCAGCUUCAGCAUAAGGUGUUAAGUGAAGUUAGUUCUCCCCAUGAGUUUUCUCCAAAUGCACGCGUCGAGCACGACGAGUGGAGCCUGUCUCAGUCUCUGCAUUUAGUUUUCAAUACCAACAAACUCAAGAAUAAGGUUAUCUCGCUUGUUGCAUUACUAGGUGUAGCUGAAGAUCUACUCCUAGACCUAGUGCGCUACCUCCGCUGCCGCUUCAGUUUCCGAUCGGAAAGCGUUUGCAAAAUUAUAUUCCAACACAACAUUUCCCUUUCGUUGAAAAUGAAAUCGCUUCUAUACAAGAGAAAUUCCCCCAACGCCAAAGUCAAUUAAAGUUUCAAACCAAACUCGGCGAAAAUGAAUUUUCUGUAUUGAUGACUGACUUUGUGCAGACAAAAAAAGGACGGCGCCGAUGGCUCAUGGUGAUCUGAU